GUAACAGAACGUUGCUUCUGAGCUCCCGUGCAUUUUGGACACGCACCGACUCAGUUUGGGAGGCAGGGAGUGACAAACAUAUUUCUCUGAAAGGGAUUUUGCUGUACUCACAUGUCUAUUUUAAAAACCUUAUAGACGUUUUAAGUUUCACCCUUUUCGUGUGUCUGCUGCACUGAUGUGACGAGUUUGGCGUUUCACAAGCGGAUAAAACGCUCAGGUGUUUGUUUUUCAUGGGUGGAUUUUCUGCCUUUUUUAAAAACCAUUCCUAAGUAGAGCAGCGACAGGAGGUUUUCCCCUGCGGUAUAUUUCUUUAUUGCAAAACUCUUGUUAAACCACGUCAGUGUUUUUCUUGCUUUCGUUUUUAAAUAUUUAAUUUCUAACCACCGACAACGCCGAGUGGCCACGUUGGAACAAACAGAUUGAAGAUGGACGAGGCAGAGAAGUACAAACAGAGACUGCAGGCGAUCACUGAGAAGCGUCGUCUGCAGGAGGAACAGGAGAGGGCCAAGAGGGAGAUGGAGGAGGAGCGGCUGAGGCUACAGCAGCUCAAGAGGAAGUCUCUUAGAGACCAGUGGCUGAUGGACGGCCCCUCUUCCCCCACAUCCUCAGAGCCUCGUUCCCCGCUGUGGGGCUCCCAGGCCCAGGAGAUGGAGCAACACAUAGAUAAGUUGCAGACAGAGAGUCAACGGUUAGCGGAGGAGGAGGAGAAACUGGAGCAGCAGAUGGAAGAUGGCCGAGCUAAUGCAGCGGUGGUGGUGGAGGCUACAGCAGAAGCAGACCAAGCAGUUAUCUUGGAGAAUGGAAAGGAAGAAGUAGAGGCUGAAUCCGUUAUAGGAACAGUUGAGGCAGCACUAUUGGAACGAGCUGAGAUCCUCACCAAUGGGAGAGGAGAGGGGGAGGGGCAAGCUGCUACCCACAAUGUAUCAGAGGAGGGCGGACUGCACAACAGCACCAACGGUCCAGUGACGGUCGUCCCUGAAGAUGGUGCCAUUACCAUGACGUUCCUGGGGUUCACGGAGGCGGAGCCAGGCAAGGCUCCGGUAAUCGAGGAAGGAGGACUGAUCAUGAUGCGAGCGGAGCGAGUGAUUAUCAAUGACGAGGGAGACGAGCUGGCAAAUGAUCUUUCCUCUACGGGUCAGGAACAGGAAGUAGACUCGGCCGUGUCCAAUCAGAGGUCAGAAUCUCCUGAGGAAGGAGGAAUUGAGGAGGCGAAACCAGAGACAACUCCUGAAGAGUCCUCAGAAGUAGCAAAAGAGACUGAGACAGAGGCAGACACAGUAUCCGGAGGUUUAGGAGAAGGACAGAUGGACACCGUAACUAGAGAUUUAGGAGAAGGACAGAUGGACACCGUAACUAGAGAUUUAGGAGAAGGACAGAUGGACACAGUAACCGGAGAUUUAGGAGAAGGACAGAUGGACACAGUAAUAGGAGAUUUAGGAGAAAGACAGAUGGAGGGUGUGGCAAAUGGUGGUGGAGAGGAAGAGGCACAGCCAGUAGAGGAAGCUCCUGUGUCUGACUUGCAGGCCCCAGAUGGCGAUGUGGCUGCCGUUCCCGUCUACUCUGAGACCUUACUCACCCCCAGGCCCGACGCAGAGGGAGAGGCUGCAGGCGAGCCGGCAGAGGGCGAUGUGGAAGUGAAGACUGAAGUGGAAGCCAAGGGGGAAGAGGAGGCCUCGGUGGCCCCAGAAUCAGCCAUCCUCCCUGGGGGCCAGUUCCUGGAGGUGUCCCUAGUGGAGCCCCGGACUGAGCCAGAGCAGGAGCCCCUGCUGUUCCCAUCCAAGGCCCAGACCCUGGCCUUGGGGGAGCAGGCUCCAGCCGCCCCAGAGACACUGACCGCUACCAGGGGAGAGGCGGAGGGAGGGGUCGAUGUGGCUCCCAAACGCAAGACCUGCCAGUGCUGCUCUGUCAUGUGAUCAAUCAUUUCGUUCGCUCUCUAUCCCUCUACCAAAUUCUCCAAUGCUUUCUCUGUGUAAUACUACAAGAGGGACUUGAGUCUGCCUCUAACACUGUGAAUGAUGGGGGGUGGUAAGAUGGUGUUAUUACUGAAGUGCCUUGUGGAUCUAUAGCUCAGUUACCCAUCCAGAGGAACCUGGGUUUGUUCAGGAGGGGGAAGUGCUUUGAAAUGAAAAUUCAAAACCAGUGUUUUUCUUAUUGGACCAGGUCCAGGUAGGCCCUCCCUGUUCGAGUCCGUUUUUUUUUCUUUUGAUGAACACAACCCUGAUGAACACAACCCUGAUGAACACAACCCUGAUGAACACAACCCUGAUGAACACAACCCUGAUGAACUCAACCCUGAUGAACUCAACCCUGAUGAACACAACCCUGAUGAACACAACCCUGAUGAACACAACCCUGAUGAACACAACCCUGAUGAACUCAACCCUGAUGAACACAACCCUGAUGAACUCAACCCUGAUGAACUCAACCCUGAUGAACUCAACCCUGAUGAACUCAACCCUGAUGAACACAACCCUGAUGAACACAACCCUGAUGAACUCAACCCUGAUGUACAGA